UUCCCAUCCAAGUCUCCAGUUCCUUCCGCGUUCAUUAAUCGACUCUCCCACGAAGCUCAGGGAUCUUUCGUCGAGGAAUUUCUCAAGUUCUCUGCCCUAAUCUUUCUCUGGUGUUUCUACGAUCGAUUUCUCGAGCGACGAAUUAUCUUAUCAUCAAGAGAUGGCGACUAAACCACUUACUACUGAAGCAAUUGCCAUAACUGAGAAGAAGAUGGACAUGGCUUUAGACGACAUUAUCAAGAUGUCCAAAAAUACUGGAAAUAAAGGAAGGAAGCAAAGAAGGUUUCCGAACAAAAUGCAGAAAUUUCCAAAUAACGCCACUCAGGAUAGACCUAGGAAGUUGCAGCGAUUCAUGGACGCUAGAACCUCUCUUAGACAGGGGGCUUUUGCCAAAAGGAGGUCAAAUUUUCAAGGGAAUCAGUUUGCAUUGGCAACCGAGGUUGCAAGAAAGGCUGCAGUUGCUCCUAUUCGGCCUAGAGCCUUUAACCGUUGGGUGCCCAAUUGGAAGAAGACAAGGUAAAUUGCGUUUAUGAAAAAUUGGUGACUUCUACAAUGUCCAUCAAGUUUUACUAUAUGAAGUUAGCGCAGUAAUUUGUUGGUUGGAACAACUGUGUGAUAGUUUUGCUUCAACCAGUUAAAAUGGAGUGGGGAGUAUUUCCACUUAUUUCAUUUCUUCCAUGCUGCCUGGGAAUUGAUUCUGCUUUAUCUUCUUAAGUUUGGUUUUGGAAUUCAUCGAUAGUCUUUUGGUUUUCUGAUGAGUAAGUUGUUGAUGGGAUUGUUACAGCAAGUGGGACAAAAGUGGGAAAAUUUGAAUGAAAUUGACUGCUGCACCAUCUGGAAAAAAGUCUAAAAAUAGCUUUUGUGUGUUUUGAGUUUUUGCUCCUUAUUAAAUGUGGUGAUUGUCUUGGAUCACUCAAUUCUUCAUAGACACAACGGUAGAGGAGCCUCAGCCUGUUACCCUUUGGUUGAGGAUGUUGAAUCUGCUUUGUAACAUGUGAUGUUUUAACACACCAGAGGACUAUUCCACAAUAGGCUUGUUCACCAUGCUCAAUGUCUGCUGUGGUCAAUUUCCAUUCCUGGUGGAUGACAAUUGCCAUAUCUCUUUAUGCUUUCAUUAUUUCCUGCACAGAGCCAAGGGGCUGUGGUGAUCUUGAAUUUACGCUUCUUUGUAACCAUUCUAGUGCACUGUCUACUAGUUUCCUUGAUUCCUCAUGCGGUUCCCUUUUCAUCCACCAUCACAUCCUGGAAAUAUUAGCCAGCCCUUCAACUACCUUGUUUUGACAAAUUUAAGUUCACUUCUUGACCAGCCAUAGAACUGCAAAUGACUGGAAAAUUUUUUACUUCUGAACCAAAUGCUUCUAUCAAACUUUUCUAGUCAGCUUGGCCAGGGGAAGUUGCUGUUUCAUCAUCUUUAAUUGAUCCUUGAGGGUGGAAUCGAAAUUUUGCUUACUGCAAGGUCGAUUCCAGUAGUAAUUUUGU